CUUUCAUUCAGCUGAGAAACAUGUGCACUUCUCUCCAAGUCCAGUUUCUGUAAACCCAGAGCUGUGAGCAGUAUUGAUCACUGGCUCUCAAUGAGAGGAUUAAUUGGAAUUCGCACAAAGGCUUGGACGCUUACCGGUGCACAGUUGGAUAUCCAUACCACUUCAUGAUGGGCUACAAAGCAACAUCCAUGCGUUGUGUCUUAAGAUGCCUCCUCUUUAUGUUCCUCAAUUUGCUUUGUGCAGCUCAAGAUGAAGACUUAAGAAGUUGCAGGACUGCACCAUGUGACUUAGUCUUUAUUCUAGAUGGUUCAUGGAGUGUUGAAGAUGUGAAUUUUGAAAUAGUAAAGCGAUGGCUUGUAAACAUAACAACAAGCUUCAACAUUGGACAGAAGUUUACCCAGGUUGGAGUGGUCCAGUACAGCGACGAUCCAAUUUUAGAGAUACCUCUGGGGAAGUACUCCUCAAAUAAGGACCUCAUUAAAGCAAUGGAGUCCAUUGACUACAUGGGAGGAAACACAAGGACAGGAACAGCAAUUAAAUUUGCCACAGACAAGCUAUUCGGGCUCUCUGAGCGAGGCCCGUCAGGCAUUUCUAGAAUUGCUGUUGUUCUCACCGACGGGAAGUCUCAAGAUGAGGUGCUGAAAGCAGCCGAGACAGCAAGGAAAAAAGGAGUUAUUCUCUUUGCAAUUGGUGUGGGCUCAGAGACAGAGGAGACAGAAUUGAGGGAUAUUGCAAACAAGCCAUCUUCAACUUAUGUCUUCUCCGUUGAGGACUACAAAGCCAUUUCCAGGAUUAUCCAGGUCAUACGACAGAAGCUGUGCGAAGAGACUGUUUGUCCAGUCAGAAUUCCUGUAGAUUCUCGAGAUGAAAAGGGCUUUGAUAUUCUUUUCCAUUUAAAUUUGGCUAAGAAAGCCAAGAAGACACAAGGGGCAUUUUACGGCACUAAAGCAUAUGAAGUGACUCCUCGUGUUGACUUGAGUGAAGCCACACGGACCCUUUUCCCUGAUGGACUCCCUCCAUCAUAUGUUUUCGUGGCCACACUGAGGUAUAAAGGAUCAGUGACUGUAGAGGAGUGGGACCUGUGGAGGAUACAGACCCUUGACGGAGAACCUCAGAUGGCGGUGACUCUAAACGGUGUGGAUCGUACUGUUAUGUUCACCACAACCAGCAAGGCACCAAGUGAAAUUCAAACUGUUACAUUUUCAGAACAGACAGCAAGGAAGCUGUUUGAUGAGAAGUGGCACCAACUACGGCUGCUGGUCACUGAAGAAGAUGUAACUCUUUAUGUUGAUGACCUGGAAAUUGAAACAUUGUCACUGGAGCCUUCUGUUGGCAUUUUCAUCAAUGGCAAAACCCAAGUUGGAAAAUAUGUCAAUAAGGAAACAACAGUGCCAUUUGAAAUUCAGAAACUUCGCAUUUACUGUGACCCUGAGCAGAAUAACCGAGAGUCUGCGUGUGAAAUACCUGGAGUUUGCUCCAACAGCACUGAACCACCUCCACAACCUUGUGUUUGUCCUCCCGGACUUCCUGGAGCUCCAGGGAUGAAGGGAGAACGAGGAAGCACUGGUAUGCCCGGUCAGCCUGGACCUGCUGGUGCUGAUGGUAAGCCUGGUAUUCCUGGUGUUAGAGGAACCCCAGGGCUGCCAGGUCCACCAGGAAUGGAGGGACCACGAGGAGCAGAUGGGUACAAAGGCGAGCAAGGAAGGACUGGUGUUUCGGGUGAGAGGGGUGUACCUGGAUUACCAGGACUGCCUGGACAACCAGGAGAAAAGGGUUCAACAGGUGAACCAGGAAUGUUGGGGUUGCCAGGAAAAGCUGGUCAAAUGGGAGAAAAGGGAAGAAUGGGGCCUCCAGGACCACCUGGCUUUCCAGGAGAGCCUGGUGCACCUGGGAGAGAUGGAAAGGAUGGAAUUCCAGGGAGAGCUGGUCAAAAGGGUGAAGCUGGAGCCAAUGGUAUUCCUGGUACUGAUGGAAGGCAAGGCCAUCCUGGUAUGCCUGGAUUGCCAGGAACCGGAGGCAUGAAUGGACAAAAGGGGGAAUCUGGUGAGCCUGGAUCGAGAGGCUUCAAAGGGUCAACUGGACUGCCUGGUGAAAUGGGUUUACCUGGCACACCUGGUUUAAGAGGACCUACUGGACCCAAGGGAAAUAAGGGUGAAAGUGGAAGUCCAGGAAUGAAAGGAGCACCAGGGCUUGCGGGAAGUUCAGGGGAACCAGGAGUAGCAGGUGUGCCGGGGCACCCAGGCAUGCCAGGCCUAAAAGGAAGCAAGGGAGAAAGAGGGAAUCCAGGUGAAAGAGGAGAGACGGGACUGAAAGGCGAACAAGGAGAACAGGGUCGGCCAGGGGUCCAAGGGUCAACUGGCCCAGAGGGAUUGAAAGGAGAGAAAGGGAUACCAGGGGAUCUGGGGCAGAGAGGGCCAGAAGGUCAAAUGGGACAGCCAGGACAACGGGGUCCGUUAGGUCCACCUGGCCCUCCCGGGCUACGAGGGGACUCUGGCUCCCCUGGCCCACCUGGACCUGAAGGAAGAUCUACAAAUGAAAUCUCAGACAGUCACAUUCGGCAAAUCUGCAGAGAGAUUCUUCAGACUGAGCUGCCUUUAUUGUUGCUGAGCAACCAGCAGAGUAGCUGUACCAGAUGCCAAAGCCAGCCUGGAUCUCCCGGUCCACCAGGUCCAUCUGGGUCCCAGGGAAUCAGAGGGAUUCCUGGAAUCAGUGGUGUAAGGGGGCAGCCAGGCCACCCGGGUCGGCCGGGACAUCCUGGCAUUAAUGGACUCAAAGGAGAACCAGGGAGCGAUGGUGACAGGGGGAGCCCUGGUCGAGUCACCAGAGGAGAUCAAGGGCCACCUGGACCACCAGGUCCAAUGGGCCCCCAGGGGUACAGCAAACCAGGCUCUCCAGGUAAGCCUGGAAGCCCUGGUCAAAAUGGAGCAGAGGGUAAAAGUGGUAAUCCUGGUGUCCCUGGCCAGCCUGGGGUAUGCGACCCAUCCAUCUGCUAUGGUAACAUGAUGAGGAGGGAUCCCUACAACAAAGGCCCAAACUAUUGACGUAAUAAAGUGUCACUACGGGCACCGGUCUAAAGCUGAUGUGGAACAAACAGCCAUUCUCAGGAAGAUCUCAUCUUUACAGUUUCUCUCUGUCAUGGACACUCAACGUACGUCUUCUAACACUUUUAUGUGAUCUCAGUUAUCAUUGUAGUGUCUCUUAUGGUAUUUUGUAUUAUGAUUCUGGUGUUUUUGAACAUGUUUUGAGGUUUUCACGAUGUUACGAGGAUUAAUAGAAUGAUUUGCUUCAUUUGAUACCUCUCAUCUGAGCACCUCGAACUCUACUACGUCAUUGUGGCUGGUACACUUUCCUAUAUUGCCCCCUGGUGUUGCUCUACUGCAUGUUGUUCUCUGGAUUUUCAAUGCUCAGCCUGUGGGUGAAAUACAACAUCCUAUUUAAAUCCAAGCAGAGGAAAACUAAGUGAAAUUUCAUGUUAAGUAUUUUUUUCUACAUAUCAUCUCUGAAUUUGGUAUGUUUCAGCACAAAACUGUGAGUUUGACUUCCUCUCACUGAUAAUGAGCUCCUGUAACCCUGUGUUCCUAAAGCAUUUACUUUGGACUGCUGUGCAUGAAAUCCUUUUACAGCAGCUGCAUUGUGUAUUACCUGAGAUAAAUGAAUCCUUCCCCCUCUACCACAUUCAAUCAUAUGUCAUAUUUUUUCGUUAUAUUUAGGAUGUAAAAUGUUUGAAGAUUCACCGUCUAUGAAUAUGCUGACAUUUUAUGUCCACCAGUCUUACUUUUCAUUACUGUAGCAGGUAUUUUAUUGUUAUUUAUAAAAGAGUCAUAACUGUGUAUUUCAGCAAUGACAGGUCUUUAACAGCUUUUUAAUGUUAUUAUUUUGUGACUUUUGUAUGAUUUGUUUCUCUUUUUUAUUUUUUACUAGAAUUAAAAUAUCUUAUUGAUUUGUGAA